AUGAUCAGAGCUUUCAACUUGCUUUCUUUCUGAUCUCGCAGGGAAUACGUACGUGCUUGAAUUGGUCCGGAUAUGAAAUAGUCGGUGGCAGAGAUAGCUUUCGUGCACAGGCAGCUCCCACAACGCCCAGAUUCAGCCUUUCCCCACACGGUGAUUUGCAGGCAGCUGCAGCUGACGAACAAUGGUCGCCUCCCGCCAGCUCCUGCUCGCCCUCCUGGUUCUCUUCUCCUCCGCCGCCCUCUCCGCCGCCGUGUCCACCUCUCUGGUCAUCAACGAAAUCGACUAUGAUCAGCCUGGCACUGACACUACGGAAUUCAUUGAGCUCAAAAAUGUUGGAGCGUCCAACAUCAACCUCACGAAUUGGAACCUCCAGCUUGUGAAUGGGGCCAACAAUGCCAUAUACUUGACGAUUCCACUUGCCCCAGUGACGCUGGCCCCAGGGGGUUACUUUGUGAUCUGCUCAACGGCGGGGACCGUGCCAAACUGCAAUCAGACAAACGGCCCCGACAACAACCUAAUCCAGAAUGGAGCCCCGGACGCCAUGGGCCUUACAGACCCUUCUGGAAACAUCAUCGACAGGGUCUCGUAUGAGGGAUUGAUUCCCGGCUACUCGGAGGGCACCAGUGCGGUAACCGACACCGACGCUGGCACCACAUCCAUCUCCAGGUGUCCUGACGGCACUGACACGGACGAUAACGGUGUUGACUUCGUCCUGGUCAGCACUACCCCGGGAACUGCCAACGCCUGCUCAGGCUCAGCCACUCCUUCGCCAACCACUUCUGGGACCGGGACUCCCGCCCCCACCGGCACUGCCCCUUCUUGCACUAGCACGGCUGGGGAGACGCCGAUCUCCACGAUCAAUGGGAACGGAGCCGCACCCAACCUGGUCAACACCACGGUGGUUGUGCGGGGGUUUUUGACGGGCGCGUUCGACGCACCCGGCCAACUCUCCGGCUUCUUCAUCCAGACGCCUGACAUGCUAGCCGACGACGACACGACGACCUCUAACGGCAUCUUCGUCUACUUCGGCAGCUCUCGCGCCAAUUUCAUGGCGACCGCCGUUGGUGACGAGGUCCAGGUGUCGGGCACCGUGGCCAACUUCAAUGGGCUCCCCGAGAUCACAAUGAUUACUUCGGUCGCCGUCUGUUCAAUCGGGAACGCCCUCCCCGCAGUCCGGCCGAUCAUGCUGUCCCCCAUGGCGCAGAACCUGCGCCAGUACCUCAGCAUGCUCGUCAGCUUCGGACCGGAGCCACUCACGGUGACCGACGUCUUCCAAGACGACUUCUACGGCGAGAUUGAGCUGUCCGUCAACGGCCGCCGUUACGUCCCCACCCAGAUCGCCGCGCCAGGCGACCCCGCCCGUGCUGUCGCGGCCGCGAACGCCGCCCAGACCAUCCUCAUCGACGACGGCUCCAGCCGAACCGGCUCCAGCUCGCCUCUUAACCCGAUUCCCUACCCCGCCCCCGGCCUCAGUGACAGCAACCCCAUCCGCGUGGGUUACACCUUAACCAGCCCCCUGGUCGGGGACCUGUCUUUCGGGAACUCCUACGGGUUCCUGCUGGAGCCCACAAGCCCCCCCGCAUCCAACAUCACUUUCUCGUCAGCCACUAACCCUCGCCCAACCGCCCCCCCCGCGGUGGGCGGGCGCCUCAAGGUGGUGGCGUUCAACCUGGAGAACUUUUUCACAUCGCUGCAAGGCCCGGGCUGCAGCUCGUCGCUCUGCCGUGGCGCCAGCACGCCUGAGGAAUACCAGACGCAGCUGUCCAAGUCGGUGCUCGCCAUCGAAGCCCUGAACGCUGACGUGUACACCCUCCAAGAGCUGCAGAACAACGGGUUCAACGCCGGGAGCGCAAUCGUCGCGCUCGUUAAUGCCGUGAACGCAAAGGUCGGCGCGGGCACGUUCGACUUCAUCAGGGUCAACACCGGGGAUGGCGGCAGCCCCUCCAUCAUCAGCACCGACCCCAACUGCAACAGCCAGUGCGUGGGCAGUGACGCCAUCACGGUCGGCCAGAUGUACCGCGUCUCCGCGGUUACCCCGGUCGGCGUGGCCCGGGCCCUCACUAAGAACAUCGACCCCGACUUCAACUCGGACAUCCAGCGCCCAUCGGUCGCGCAGACGUAUAUGGAGAUCAGCACGGGGGCCAAGUUUACGGUGGUCGCAAACCAUCUCAAGAGCAAGGGCAGCGGGUGCGGCGCGGGCGACCCCGACAACAACGACGGCCAGGGCAACUGCAACCUGACCCGUAAGCGCGCCGCCGAGGCGCUCGUCCGCUGGCUGGCCACCGACCCCACCGGCAGCAACGACCCCGACUUCGUUCUGGCGGGCGAUAUGAACUCAUACGCUAUGGAGGACCCCAUCAAGGCGUUCGAGGCAGGGGGCUACACCAACCUAAUCCGCCAGUUCCUCGGCGAUUUCGCGUACUCAUACGUGUUCAACGGCGAGUCGGGCUAUCUGGACCACGCGCUCGCGUCGCCGUCGCUCGUGAGCCAGGUGACGGGCGUCGGCGAGUUCCACAUCAACGCCGACGAGCAGAUCGCGCUGGGCUAUGCCAGCGACACCGGCCUGGCCAACCCCAACUCAUUCUACCGCACCUCCGACCACGACCCCCUCAUCUUCGGACUCGACCUCGUGGCUGACAACGGCCCGGCCACUGCCACCCCUACCCCCACCCCCACCGCUACGGCUCCCGCCCCGGCCCCGGCCACUGCCACGCCCACCCCCACUCCUACGGCCACUGCCAAUGCCCCGGUAGCAACCAUCCCGGUUCCCUGCCCCCCCGCAACCCCGGCUCCAACCUUCCCGGUUGGCGGGGUGUGCGACUACGCCGGGCCGACGCCCAACCAGUGCUUCAACUCCGCCGGCAACCGCUACAUCUGCUGCGCGACCGCGUGCCCCAACACCCAGCCCGGCGUCGACCCCGUCUGCAGCGGCACCCCCGCCCCGGUCCCGACCGCCUGCUUCGCCACGGCCACCCCGGCCCCGACCACCGGUACCUCCGGGCCGACUUCUACCCCGGCCUCUACCACCCCGGGCAGCACGCCCACUUCUACCCCCCCCAGCGGCACCCCCGCUUCCACCCCCCCCAGCGGCACACCGGCGGCCACCACGCCGGCCCCGACCACGACCCCUCAGGUCCUCCCCGUGGGGGGUACCUGCGACCCCUACGGGUCGGCCCCCAAUCAGUGCUUCGCGGCCAACGGGCAGACUUACGUGUGCUGCUCGACCCCGUGCCCCACGGGGGCUCCGGGCGCAGUUCCUCGGUGUGCUUAAGGGACUUCGGCCUUAUUUAUCUGGACCAUACCCUGGGUACAACGCUGCGUUGGCACAUUUUUCAAGAGUCCACAAGGGGUCCAAAUUGCCACGGCUGCUACUUUCGAGAGGGUCACCGGCCCCACAUUUUGCAAGCCUAUAGAGAGUCAGAUCAUCCGCCCGCGAGAGGAGAGUCAUUCCAAGCGAGAAGUCAACCUUUCUGAAAGAAGGUCCAGCUUCACCAUGUAUCAUGCUGGCUCGAUACUUUUUGGCUUUGAGUCAGUCACGGGUCAAGAUGAUUGGUAGACCGUAGUAGACAAUUUUUGCUAGAAACGAUCAAACGAGAGGGUUGCGAUCACCGUUCUGCUAGUGAUUGAUACUGGAGAGGGUUGCAAGCAGACAGGUGCUCAAACGUAUUGCCGACGUGAUCAGUCCUCUCGUCAUUCGAUCCCAAUAAACAAGUCGCGCGUACCAUAAGUUGAGUUCUUGACAAUCUCAGAAUCAGUGUGGAUGUCUCGAAAGUUCUAGGGGGAAGAGACCACCUCGACGUUGAGACCUGCGUGCCUAUCAAGAAAUUUAUAAUGGAAUAUUGUAUCCGGAUAUUUUAAGUGAGAACAAUACGAUUCAC